AUGGAUUUUUCUUCUCUACAUCAAGCCCACAAGGGCAUCAAGCACACCAAUCUUGGGAAAUCCGGUCUUAAGAUCUCUCAAGUUGUUCUAGGUGCCAUGUCGUUUGGUUCAGUCGACAAGUGGACGAUCCCCGAAGAACAAGCAUUGCCAAUUAUCAAGCAUGCCUUUGACAAUGGACUCAACACAUGGGAUACGGCCGAUGUCUACGCCUUCGGGGAAUCUGAGCGCAUCCUUGGCAAAGCACUCAAGACAUAUAACAUUCCUCGUGAACGGGUUGUGAUUCUUUCCAAAUGCUAUGGUGGAGUUCCAGCUCCGGGAGAGCUUGAUGGCUUGUCGGAAUUUGAAACGAUUGCCCGGCUAGCUAUCAACGAGGGUGUCAUGGCGAACCGUGUUGGACUAUCUCGCAAACACAUAUUCGAUGCGGUAGAUGCUAGCGUCGCGAGACUAGGUACUUAUCUGGAUGUCCUUCAGAUUCAUCGAUUCGACCGCGAAACUCCCGGCGAGGAAAUCAUGCGAGCACUCAAUGAUGUUGUCGAGAGCGGCAAAGUUCGAUACCUUGGCGCAAGCUCGAUGGCUACUUGGGAGUUCCAAGCCUUGAACAAUAUCGCUGAGAAGAACGGCUGGCACAAGUUUAUCAGCAUGCAAGACCAUCAUUCGCUUCUCUAUCGAGAGGAAGAGCGUGAAAUGUUCCCCUACUGCCGCGACGCAGGAAUCGGUAUUAUUCCUUGGUCACCACUGGCACGUGGCCUUCUGACUCGACCUUUCACUGCGGCUGGAGAAAAGACUGUGCGGGAAGGGGAUGACAUUACUGCAGAAAUGAUGAUCGGCAAAACCACGGACAUUGAUAUCGCUAUCAUCGGUCGUGUCGAAGAGCUGGCGCGCAGAAAGAAUUGCAGUAUGGCGCAGGUCGGCAUCGUGUGGUGCCUGGCCAAGGGUGUGAACCCCAUUGUCGGGCUUUCCAGUACCAAAAGAGUCGAUGAGGCAGUUCAAGCCAUCGAACUGUUCGAAGAUGGACUCUUGAGCAAGGAAGACUUGAAGUACCUGGAAGAGCUAUACACCCCGAAGGCUAUCGUGGGAUACUAG